AUGGUUGGUAGUGUGCCAGCAAUGAUGGUUCAACUUCGGGGGACACGCUCCUCUUAUUUUCUCCCCUGUUGCGAGAUUGUAUGGUCUGCGCUGGUGAUGGGUAUGGCUGCAGCGAAGACCAUUGAAACGAUGUACGUGCUUCGAUUCUUCAUCGGGCUUUUCGAAGCAUGUUCCUUCCCAGGUUACGUUGCGCUGCUCGGGGGUUGGUACGGACCUGCGGAACUCACCAAAAGAGUUGCCAUCCUGGGGUCGGUUGAAUCGAUAGCCAGUAUGUUUAGUGGGUACUUGCAGGCCGGCCUAUAUACCAGCUUGAACGGAUCUCAUGGUAUUGCCGGCUGGAGAUGGCUGUUCAUCAUGGAUGCAGCCAUCUCAAUUCCCAUUGCUGUUUGGGGAUUUUUUGCAAUCCCGGACUUGCCACAUAAUACGAAAGCGUUCUAUCUCAAUGCCGACGAUAGAAAAUACAGUAUUGAGAGAGUCGAGAAGCUGGGUAUCUCUGAGCCUGUGAAAUUGACUUGGAAGAUAUGCAAGAAAGUCUUUUUGAACAUGAAGUUAUGGGCAUUUAUUUUUCCAUAUGUGAUGCUCGUUAACUGCCACUCCGCAACAAGCUACUUCAAUCUUUGGCUGAAAGCGGAAGGAUAUAGUGUUGUGGAAAGAAACACUCUACCAACAGCAGGCAAUGCGCUCACCAUUGUCGUUUCGUUCGUCUACGGAAUCAUAGCAGAUCGUACGGGUAAACGAUUUCUCCUAAUCAACGUACUGAUGAUUAUAAUAAUGGUUUCGAAUAUCAUGCUAUCCGUAUGGAAAAUUCCUAAGCCCGCCCUCAUGGCCGCCUAUUACUUAUCAUAUUCUGGCACCGCAGCCACCCCAGUGCUCAUUUCGUGGGGUAACCAACUAAAUGCCGCCGAUCCUAACUUACGACAAUUGCUUGUCGCUGCUGGAAAUGUUGUUUCAUUUGCAUGGGUUCUUUGGGUACCGCUGGUUCUAUUUCCUACCUACGAUGCACCCAAGUAUAAGUAUGGUUAUCAAAUCUUGGUACUCUUUGCGGGUCUCGGAAUCAUUGGUAUUUGUUUGAUGGUUUACAUCCAUAAACGCGACGAUGGCACAUUCCUAGGUGUGUUCGUAUACAAACAAACUUCCAAGGUCUAUGUCGCAAGUCAGUAUAACUAA